GAGGUGGGGGCCAUUCCAGCUGACAUCUCGACGGCAAGGUAAGCCAUCCCCGCACAAGGAAUCGCAUGUACAGCGAGUUUCAGUUUCCGACAAGAGAAAAAAACACUAGUUGGCAUCAAUAUCGUGCCGAGGUGCAACAAAGUAUAAUUUCGAUUCAGUUUUCUCAUUCGGCAACUAGGAAAGGGAAAUGGAGAAGAUGAAAUUCGCGGAGGAGCUCGUUAGAGAAUUUCUCGUGUUCAGAGGAUUCACCAACACUCUCCAGGCUUUCGAGAAAGAGCUAGCAACUGAUAUUGGCAAGGGAUUUCAAGUUGAUAAGAUUCUGGACUUAAUUUUCUCUGUUUACAUCCCCAAAUUCGAGGCCGAUAAGUUGGUUGAUCUGCUUAGCUUUUUGAGAAACUGCUUUUCGUUUUCGGAUUCAAAUCUGAUUUCUGUUAUAUCGAAAUUAGACCAGUCGAUACUGCGGUAUUACAUUGUUAAUGCGCUUAAAUGUGGAAGGAAAGACAAAGUGUUGGAGUUUUUCGGAGCUUUUGGCAAUGAUUUGCUGCGGAGAGACGAUAGUUGGAGUUCCUGGUUUGCAAUUCCGUAUUUGCAGAAUCCGCAUUUGGAUCCGCAGUUUCGCGUGUAUUUUUCUGAGGAAUGGUUCCGUGCUUUGCACCUUUCUAUUAUGAAUUUCUUAAGUGAGAUUCUUAACGGAACUCGUACCCCUGCCUUAUUGAAGAUCAGUUCUGAAAGGGAUACAGUGAAACGUCUCAAGAAAGAGAUUAAUCAACUUAAUCUCAAGCUAUCACAAGUUCAGACGUUGUUGCAGGAAAAAGAGGCACUAUUGCGUCUUUCAAGGAGUGGUGCAGAAGAUGCUGUAAUACCACCUAGCAAUGUGACACCGCCGGGAGAAAGAGAGUCAUUUCAGAUUAGGGACAAUGUUGUGGGAUCUUGUGAAUCAAGAUUUAACUUUAACAAUCAUGCUGAUGAGAGUGGGAACAGUAAUAUUCUGCAAGGUUUUAUUGAUGACUCUCCUCUUGGAAGUGGUUCCGAUUUGCAGAGUGAAGAAAACUUUCUAGAAGUGAACGCAGUGUUUCAGGAUUCAUUCUUGGGCCAUACAAGUCCCAUCAGUUGUAGCCGCUUUUCUGCCUCUGGCGACAAUAUUGCUAGUUCUUCAAUUGAUGGCACAGUUAGGAUAUGGACCUAUGAUUCAGCAGCACCAACAUCUAGAAAUGCCACCAUCUAUUGCGGAGCCGAGAUCAUGUCUCUUGAGUGGGACUGCAAAUCUGAUCGUUUGCUACUGAUAGGCACUUCUGAUGGAGGCAUUAAAGCAUGGAAUGUAGAUGCUAAGCGUGUUGUCUGUGAUCUCAACUCAAGUGAAGGAUACCCUAGCAUUUUGGACCUAAAAUGCAGCCCUGUGGAGCCUAUUUUUGUUUCUGCAGCAGCAUCGAGGAGGGAUGGUACUGGCUAUUUUGAUAACUUGGGGUUUGCUUCAUUAACUGUAUGGAACAUGAGAACAUGGAAGCCUAUGACAGUGCUUCCUCUUGGUAAAGAUCCACCAGCAGUGACCUCCUUGAGUUUCAAUCACAAUGGAAAGCUUUUAGCAGCUGCUGCAACUGAUGGAAUGAUUCAUAUGUUUGACAUGUCUGCUGGACAGCAAGUUACUGGAUGGCCAGCUCAUGAUUCUGCAAUUAGCUCGAUUCGUUUUGGGCCCGAUGAGACCAGCAUUUUUAGCUUAGGAACUGAUGGAAAUAUAUUCGAAUGGAGCUUGCACAAUCAAGGCAAAAUCCUUUGGUCAAGAAAUUGUAGCAGGUUUUGCAACCCUCAAAAUUCAUCCGAUUGGAAACAUGAAAUGGCUUUAGAUGCUGAUGGGAGGAGACUUCUGGUGACAUCUAGUUCAACAAGUGCACCAAUAUACCAGGUCCGAGGUCAGAUGAGUGUUAUGCGAACUCUUUCUCAUAGUGGAUCUAUCACAACAGUAGAUUGGCAUCCAACAUUGCCCAUCUUCUUGACAGGGUCAGCUGAUCACUCUGUCAGGGUCACUUCAAUUUUAUGAUGGGUCUCGUUGCUGCUGGUUAGUUCAUCAUUAUUUAUCCCAUACCAUGUUUUCCUUUUGUUUUCGGUUUUCCCCAGGGUUUGUUGGGUGUGGAUGGGGGUGGAAGGGGUUGUGUUGGAGAGGGCGAUGAGCUGCACUGAUAUUGCUGUUGUGCCUUGUUGUGGAACCCGGUGGAUCUGCAACAUGGUGGAAUGAGUUUGUUGUAGUUAAAUGUGAAUAUUUGCUAUGAUAACCAUGUUUGUGCAGUAUAAUUUAGUCGCAUUUAUUCUAUGUUCAAAGAAAGAUGAAGCAGAUGAUUAAAUUGCUUCAUAAACCAUUUUUAC